GCUGCAAACUUGUCCAGCCAACCUUGCCUUCCCUUCCCUUUACACUAACCCUCCCUUCCUUCGAGUCAAUCCUACCUUUGGCCUGCUGAUCAAUAAUAAUUCACGGACUGGCACAUCCAAGCAACCAGACCAGACCAAACCGGCCUGGCUUUGAAUUUUUUUAUUUUUUUUCCUCGGCGACCAACUCACUCACUCUCUCACCUUCACAUAAACACUCUCAUUCAUUUUAUUAUUUUCUCCUGUGAUAUUCACUUCCGUUCUUUCUCUCUGCCUUGCGGUUUAUUUGUUUAGUGUCGAAUAGGGACAUCGCUCGCUUCAACGGUUUUGGGUGAAAGGGGAAGAAGGAAAAGAAGGGAAGGCGAAGGAAAGGGUAGGGAGAAACCAGUAGAAGGAUACUGGUAUGUUACGGGGCCUCUAAGCAUUGGAAAACGAAGGAGAGGAAGCAUCUCGAUUGAAUCGGGACCACCACAUUUGGUUGGGAGAGGAACCGACCGACAACGGUUUAUUAAUCGAUCAAUACCCCUCCCCUCUUUUACCUUCAUCCUCUCCUCAUCCUCCUCCUCCUGAGGACGGAAGACAGAUACGGAAUUAUAUCCCUUGUGAAAGCUGGAUUUACGAAAGCUGGGUCAAUAAUAACGAGAAAGCCGUCCUCGUCGCCCCGAGUGGAAAGCUCGAAGAACUGUGAGGGAUGAAGGUCUCCGAACACCGCUACCUCCUCCCUCCAGUCCUUCUCAGCAUCCACCUCCUACUCCUUUUGCCUCUCAUCAUCGCCCCGAAAGACCUCCGACCCCUACCCGGCCACGAACACGAACAUAACCUACACCUCCCUCCAGAGAAGCCAAGAUGUAGGAGCUAUACCGGCGGACUAUUCCCACGGUACGCAAUCCCACUAGGAACUCUCGGGUUUGUGGUGGUGUAUGCAUUGAAGCAGUUUGCGGGGAAGGUGCCGUUGCCAAAGGGUCCACGGAGGCAGAGGCUUGCACAGGGAAUUGAGUUGGGUGUGCUGUUUAGCAUGGGGGUUGCGGAGGAGGUUCUAAGGUGGGGCUUGGUAAGGGUUUUGGUGGGGCUGGAGGGGGGUGCAGGAGGUUAUAGGGGGCAGGCUGCCUGUUCUCUGGUAGAGUGGAUUGCUGGUGGAGACGCUGGGGUCGGUGGGAGGGUGUGUCCGUCGAUUUGGGAAGGAGUGUACCUUAUGGGGUGGGUAUGGAGCUUUAUUGAGUGCGUGGUGAGUGAUCUUUCGUUUGGCUGAUGAAUUUUUCACCAACUAGUCGCCGAAUACUUCCUGUCCCAAUCAUUACUGCCCUGGGCUUUACCUGCAACCAAGGCUAACACUUGAUAGUUCUCCUGGUGGACUCUCCGUCCCCUGUACCAUAGUUCAACCUCAAGUUCGAGCACAACCACAUCACCGAUCCCAAAACGUUUCCUAUUCUCUCGUGCCGUUGGCCGGCCUUUGCUCGGAAAACGCAUAAGAUCUGACUCAAACUUGGGCCCCAGUGAAGACUCUUCGGAGAGCCGCGGCCUUUUCAGCACCUUCUACCGCAAGAAACGCGGCAUUCAACCAGCCCGCCGAAGCCAUGGUUGUCAUGACGGUGAAGAAGGAGUAGUACAAUUUGCCGAUCCGGCCGCAACGACUGGGAUGGAGAGUGGGAGCUCACGAACAGCAUAUGACGAGCCGAUUCUUGGGAUUCCGGGUGGGAAGCAAGCGAAUGUUGUUGACGAAUUAAUUCCAAGGUUGGAAGAGGUUCGACGGGGUGCUGGCGAUGAGGAAGAAGGAAGGGUGAGGGCUGGAGUAGAUAGUGGGGACGACUACGGCGAUGACGAAGAAUCCGAUUCCGCCUUUAGCUCAAUUAGAUCCUCUAUGGAUAGCACCACAUAUCGAGCACAAACCCCACUGCUUAGUUCCUCACUCCCCUAUGAUCCGAAUCAGCAACACCCCCAUCACGAAUCCCAAGCAUUGCUCCAGUCGUCGCAAAUCCCGGUAUCCUACAAUACUAUGACGCACCUGCCACCGUCCCCUCCCCACCACCAAUCCUCGGACCACGAAGGCAUGUUCGGUUCCCAACCCUCAUACCUAGCUGGCCCCUCCUCUUCCACCGCAACAAUAACUCACCUCCAUCGCCCCAGCCCUCCUCGUCGGGGGCCCACUGAUCUAGGGACCCACAACUUUUCUGCCCGCCGCGGUACACGGAAAGUAUAUGGUCUCAGCAUAAACAGCCUACCACCCUACCUUCCCAUUAUGUGGCGUGCGACAGCACUGCUUAGACACUUAUCCAACGUUCUGAUAUACGCGUGGGCUCCAGCAAUUGUCUACCAGGGAAGAUUCCAAUGGUGGGGGCUGGUGGUUCUGCUCCUUCUAGCUGGCAAGCGUGGGUGGUACACUGUUGAAUGGUUCAGCGGUGGAGCUUCUAGAGUCGGAUUGGUCAAAUCGUCGAUUAUGACCUUGGUCUUGGCCACGGUGAUUUAUCUUUUUGGGUUGGGAGUUUGGGGAAUAAUCUACUGAGGAAUUGUUAUUUCAGCUCUGGAGAGGGGAUGGACGAAGGUUAUGAGGAUUUUUUAAAGGGUUUUGGCAGUUGCACUGGUUUUUGCGCUUGGGUCUCCCCCUUGUGCUCUAUUCGUUGUCUAUUUUAUACCCCUUCUUUGUAUCAUGUAUUUUUUAUUUUUUCCACAUUUCAUUCCACCCUUUCGCCGAGGGGUGAUCACGCACGCUCAUUGUCAAAAGUUUCGUUUUUUUCUCCUUGUCUUUCUCUUGUCUUCUCAUUUUACCUUUCUUUUCACAUGAUACAUCUCGCAAAUCUCCAUUCACAUCAUGGCCAAAAACGUAAUGCCUGCACAUGUAAAAUUAGGGUUUUGUUAUACCUUCUACUACUUCCUCUUUUUUCUUCUAUUUUUUUCUUCUCGCGGCAGAAGGAUUGUCACGGUUGGGUUUGGUUGGUUGGGAUCUACGGGCAAUAGUUUGAGUCAGCUCAAUCGGGUUAAGCUAGAUUACCGGUACAGGCUGAGAAUUCAUUACCGGUACCGGUAGCUAAGUUCUAAUACCGGUAUUCAAAAUUACCGUAUUGCAUUGUUAGAAGUUGGUGAGCUGCUCAAAUAAGUUACGGUACUGAGUGCGUGAGCUGGACGGCUAAGUAAAGAGCCCCUGUGAUUUGGUAUCACAGAA